AUGAGGCUUAUCAUCCGCGACGAUUCCGAGACUGCCAGCGCCUAUGUAGCUAAUUACAUCAUCGAGAGAAUCCGACAUUUCAAUCCUACCCCGGCACAUCCCUUUGUCCUUGGCCUACCUACCGGUUCAAGCCCGCUUGGUGUAUACAAGAUUUUAGUUGAGCAGUACAAGGCUGGAAAUAUCUCCUUCGAAAAUGUCGUCACCUUCAACAUGGACGAGUAUGUCGGUAUCCCUCGAGACCAUCCCGAGAGUUACCACUCUUUCAUGUGGAAGAACUUCUUCUCUCAUGUCAACGUGAACCCAAACAAUGUCCACAUUCUCAACGGCAACAACCCAAAUCUUGAAGCAGAAUGUGUUGAGUACGAGGCUAAGAUCAAGCGUGCCGGCGGCAUAGACUUGUUCUUGGGUGGAAUUGGAGAAGACGGGCACAUCGCCUUCAAUGAACCCGGCUCUAGUUUAGCCUCGCGGACUCGUGUCAAGACGCUAGCCUAUGAUACUAUUCUCGCCAACUCUCGCUUCUUCGAGAACGACAUUGACAAGGUCCCUAAAAUGGCCUUGACAGUUGGUGUCCAAACCGUUCUCGAAGCGCGAGAGGUUGUCGUCAUUAUUCUUGGUGCCCGCAAGGCUCUCGCUCUGCAGAAGUGCAUUGAGCAGGGCGUUAACCACAUGUGGACACUAUCGAGUCUCCAGUUACAUCCUCACCCCAUGAUUGUGUGUGACGAGGAUGCAACGUUGGAACUGCAAGUGAAGACUGUGAAGUACUUCAAGAGUAUCGAGAAAGUCGCAAGAGAGCAGGGAUUUGAGCAGAUCUUGCCGUCAAGCAUCAGAACUGGACCGGGACCAGUUCCUAAGACUGUAAUCGACGAGGUUCAAUCGCCUACAAUCCUCGCACCGCAACCCAUUACAACUCGUCUAUUACGAGCGACGCCAGCAACUGAGUAUCCGGUCCGGUCAGUAUCUCCGGAUCUAGUCCCGGACCGAAUGGCGGACCGCGUCGGAAUUCCUGACAUCUCGAGGAGAUUAACCCCGCAACCCGAGGCGCAACGAGUGGCUAGCGUCGGGGCGUAA